AUGGCGGGCAGGGGCACACACCCUGACAGGAAGGUGGGCGUAGGGCACCGCAGCCGGGAAGGAGGUGGACAGGAAGGGGGGCACUAUCCUGAUCGUCCCACAGGGAAGGGCUUUGUCUGGGGACCUAAAUGCGAUGGUGGUAUCGGUAACCUGAAGCUCAGGAAGCGCUUCUGGAUUUUUCUACUGUUCCACAUCAACAGAGCUAUUAUAAAAUUGAUUAUUGAAGACUUUUUUUCAAGGCCAACUUAGGAGAAGUUCAUACAGAUUGCAAGACAGUUUCUGUCUGUAGGAUGUGACUUAGCAAGUGUCCUACAAGAACCAAGUUCCCAAAUUGAUGUGUGGCUUUCCCUUAAUCCCCUCACCCCUGCCUUUCCAGCUUCCGACAACACUGCUGAUGCUGUGUGUGCAGUGCUAGAUUUGCAUCAAAUUCUUCAGGAACUCCAGCAUUCAAACCAUCUUCCACAGGAUCACUUGAAGCAGGAAAUAGCUGCUCAGCGAACCUCUCUCUGCCUUUUAUAUGUUAAAGUGGCGUUAAAACAGCAGAAGGUGGAGCAGCAUGCUCCUGGGAGGGAGAAUGGGGCUAUUCUCAGCUCAUUCCAGCUGUCCCAGAUGUCUGAUGGGUGCAAGAUCCCUGGCCUGCAGAGCUGGUGGAAAGACUUUGAAAUCAAAGGUGUCACUGUCGCUCUUGGACUGGGAGAUGGGUGAAAUCUUAGGCUUGAAACUGGUUUUCUGCACAGUAGUGUGCUCAGAUCUGAACACUUUAUCUUGGCCACUUCACUAGAUCCCUGCUAUAAAGGUUGCUUUGAAGAAUUCUUUCUCCUGCCUCUUGAUGUGUCAAGUUAA